GGAGACCCAGGCUUCCUCUAGCGGGAGUCCAGGUCUUACGUAAAAUGGAUGUUUCUCACCUUGAUACUGAAUAUUAAGUAGAAAAUCUAUUUAGUAAAAUCUAAGCUGCCAUGGAAGAAAUACCAAUAAAAGUUGCUGUAAGAAUUAGACCUCUGCUAUGCAAAGAAAUUCUUCAUAAUCAUCAAGUUUGUGUGAGAGUUAUUCCAAACACCCAGCAAAUUAUCAUUGGGAGAGAUAGAGUCUUUACUUUUGAUUUUGUUUUUGGGAAAAAUUCCACUCAAGAUGAAGUUUAUAAUAUGUGCAUAAAACCACUAGUAUUGUCACUCAUCGAGGGCUAUAAUGCAACUGUUUUUGCCUAUGGACAAACUGGAUCUGGGAAGACUUACACCAUCGGAGGAGGCCAUAUUGCUUCAGUUGUGGAGGGUCAAAAGGGUAUCAUUCCUCGAGCUAUCCAAGAAAUAUUUCAAAACAUCUCUGAAAAUCCUAGCACUGAUUUUAAAAUAAAAGUGUCAUAUAUAGAAGUAUAUAAGGAAGACCUAAGAGAUCUUCUAGAAUUGGAGCCAUCUAUGAAAGAUCUUCAUAUACGAGAAGAUGAAAAAGGAAACACAGUGAUCGUUGGGGCCAAGGAGUGCCAGGUGGAGAGUGCAGAUGAAGUGAUGAGCUUCCUGGAGACAGGGAAUGCAGCCAGGCAUACAGGUACCACCCAAAUGAACGAACACUCCAGUAGGUCACAUGCGAUUUUUACAAUCAGUAUUUGUCAAGUUGAGAAAAAUACAGAGGAAGCUGAAGAUGGAUCGCGGUGUUCCCAUCGGCAUAUUGUCUCCAAGUUCCACUUUGUGGAUUUGGCUGGUUCAGAAAGAGUAACCAAAACGGGGAACACUGGUGAACGGUUCAAAGAAUCCAUUCAAAUCAAUAGUGGGUUGCUGGCUUUAGGAAACGUAAUAAGUGCUCUUGGGGACCCACGCAGAAAGAGUUCACAUAUUCCAUACAGGGAUGCUAAAAUUACCCGGCUACUCAAGGAUUCCCUGGGAGGCAGUGCCAAGACAGUCAUGAUCACUUGUGUCAGCCCAUCCUCCGCAGAUUUUGACGAAUCCUUAAAUUCUCUCAAGUAUGCCAACAGAGCACGCAACAUAAGAAACAAACCCACCUUGAACUUCAGCCCUGAGUCAGAGCGAAUGGACGAAAUGGAAUUUGAGAUUAAGUUGCUUCGAGAAGCUUUGCAAAGCCAGCAGGCCAGUAGUAUCAGCCAAACGAGCCAGAUCCGGGAGGGUACUCCUGAUAAAAAUAGGAUCCUUUCUCUUGAGGAGCAAGUAGCUCAGCUCCAAGAAGAAUGUCUAGGUUACCAAAAUUGUAUACAGGAAGCCUUCACUUUCCUGGUGGAGUUAAAAGAUGCUGUCAGACUAAACCAAAAGCAGCAACACAAACUGCAGGAGUGGUUUAACUUGACCCAGGAGGUCAGGAAGGUACUUCUCACCUCGUUCAGAGGAAGCCGAGGCAUUGGAAACCAGGAAGAAGGACCACAACAUGUUACAGUUCUUCAACUGAAGCGAGAGCUAAAGAAAUGCCAGUUGGGUGGGGGAAUCACUUGUAAGGUCUACACAAGUCCUUCUGUGUACUCUCUGGAUCGAGUAGUUGCCGGAUUUCGAACACGAAGUCAGAUGCUGCUGGGUCACAUAGAAGAACAAGAUGAAGUCCUCCACUGCCAAUUUUCUGAUAACAGUGAUGAUGAAGAAUCAGAAGGCCAAGAGAAAUCUGAAAUGAGACACAGAAGUCGCUCAUGGAUUCAAAAGUCAGGCUCUGUUUGUCCUCUUAUUGGAUUGAAUGAUAUUCAUGAUCAAACACAAAAGUCAAGUUUGGGGAAUGAAGAUUUAAAGAUUGAAUGUCUUCAGGAGAGUCAAGAGUUGAAUUUGCAAAAAUUAAGGAAUUCAGAACUCAUACUUACUGAAGCUAAACAAAAAAUGAGAGAACUUACAAUUAACAUCAAGAUGAAGGAAGAUCUGAUUAAAGAAUUAAUGAAAACAGGUAACGAUGCCAAGUCUGUAAGCAAACAGUAUUCUCUGAAAGUAACAAAACUUGCACACGAAGCAGAACAGGCAAAAGUGGAAUUAAUUGAAACAGAAAAGCAGCUACAGGAACUGGAAAAUAAAGACCUUUCUGAUGUUGCUUUGAAAAUAAAAUUACAGAAGGAGUUCCGUAAAAAGAUGGAUGCCGCAAAGCUAAAAGUCCAGGAACUAAAGUUAAAAACAGAAUUGGAAGUAGGUCUAAAACUGAAAGCUGAGGACCUUGAUGCAUUGAAGAUGAAAAGGAGAAAAUGUUCGUUUGGAAAUAUAGACCAAGUCCAGAAAUUGGAUGAGCAAAAUAAAUGGUUAGAUGAAGAAGUAGAGAAAGUUCUGAACCAACGCCAAGAAUUAGAGGAGCUGGAAGAAGACUUGAAGAAACGGGAAGCCAUAGUUUCUAAGAAGGGGGCCCUGUUACAGGAGAAGAGUCACCUGGAAAAUAAGAAGUUGAGAUCUAGUCAGGCCUUAAACACAGAUAGUUUGAAAAUAUCAACUCGCUUGAACUUAUUGGACCAAGAGUUAUCUGAAAAGAAUGUGCAGCUCCAGAGCAGCACAGCGGAGGAGAAAAUAAAGAUUUCAGAACAAGUUCAAGCCCUCCAGAAAGAAAAAGAUCAGCUACAGAGACAAAGAAACAGUGUGGAUGAGAAACUUAAAAAUGGUAGCGUGUUAUCACCUGAAGAAGAACAUGUUCUUUUCCAACUUGAAGAAGGGAUUGAGGCUUUGGAAGCUGCAAUUGAAUACAAGAAUGAAAGUAUCAAGAGUCGCCAGAACUCACUCAGAGCUUCAUUCCAAAACGUCUCUCAUAGUGAAGCAAAUGUCUUGGAAAAACUAAUGGGCCUGAAUCCUACUGAGAUUAGAGCUAUUUUUUUCAAAUAUUUCAAUAAGGUGGUUAAUUUGCGAGAAGCUGAACGGAAACUACAGUUAGAGAAUAAAGAAAUUAAAAUGAAGGUUCUGGAAAGGGAUAAUAUGGUUCGUGAGUUGGAAUCUGCACUGGAACAUCUGAAAUUGCAGUGUGACCGGAGACUGACCCUCCAGCAAAAGGAACAUGAGCAAAAAAUGCAGUUGCUGUUACAUCAUUUCCAAGAGCAAGAUGGGGAAGUCAUUGUGGAAACUUUAAAAACAUAUGAAGAUAAAAUCCAACAGCUGGAAAAAGAUCUUUAUUUCUAUAAGAAAACAAGCAGAGAUCUUAAGAAGAAACUUAAGGAACUGUUAGGGGAAGCAAUUCAGAGGCAACUGGCACCAUCUGAACAUCAUGAUGCUGGAGAUGGAGUCCUGAACGAAGGAGAAGCAGGCAUGGUUUCAGAAGAAUUAAAAUGGGCAUCUAGAACUCAAAGUAUGAAAUUAAGUGGAAAGGAAAGAGAAUUAGACUGUUCAGCAAGUAGCUUAAGAACACAACCAAAUCCUCAGAAGCUCUGGGAAGAUGGUCCAGAAUUACCUCCAAUUUGUAGCCCUUUAGCACCCACUAGUGGGCAUUUGGUAAGCAAUGAGGAUAAAACAGAGCUAGAUGAAAAUCAGUUUACAAAAUCUCACAGUCAACCAUCACCCCAAGUUCAGCCAGUGAGAAAUGUGGGACAGAUUCAUGGUGUCACACCUGUAAAGUUGUGUCGCAAAGAGUUACGUCAAAUUUCUGCCUUGGAACUGUCAUUACGACGUUCCAGUCUUGGAGUUGGAGUUGGAUCUAUGACUGCUGACUCUAUUGAAGUAGCUAGGAAACAGUGACUUAAAAACUUAGGUAGUUACUAAUAGAACUUUUUAAUUUAGUAGAUAUAUAAGAUUCCUUUUUCUAAUCUGUUUAAAAUUAAAGCUUAAGCUCACUGGCUCUUCUCUCAGGAUAAAGGAAGAAGGGGAAGAAGUAUUCCCUAAUCCUUUUGUAUAUUAUAGAUGUGUAUAUCUUCUAUACUACAUUUGGGGAGUUUUAUUUUGCAUUUCCAUAAUAGCCAAACACACAUUUUUCAAUACUAUCAAGUAAUGGAAUAUUUAAAUAUUUCCACUUACAAAUUUGCCCAAAAUUCUUUUCCAGGCGUAUUUGAAGAACAAGGCUAAGAGUAGAAUAAUAAACUAUCCAUUAAAUGUAUAUUGUUAUAUAAUGUAAAAGUAUACUAUGUAAGUAUGUAAUAAUGCAGUAAUUAUAUCUUAUAAGUUUAUGUUACUGUUAUUUUCAAAUAAAAGUAUGUUUUUGUUCUUUUUAAAAGACCCAGUUAAAUAUUGCUUAUGUCAGAAGGAGAGUCACCUGUUGCAUAUGUUUUGACA